GGGAGUUUUUAUUAUGGUAUAUAUUUUGAUUCGCACAUCCGAAGAGUGAUAACCAUGGCAAAUCGAGUGGUGUUCUGUGAGAAGUAGAUUAGGGACAAGUAUUUGUGAGUCCACGUUUGGAGUAUGCCAAUGUGAUAUGAUGAAGAUGCUGAGUAGAUUCUGGAUACUGCUGGCACUGGUGAUGGAAAUUCAUCCAAAAUGCAUCCAUGACCUUAUUGCAGCUCCACAAAUAAGUUCCAGCUUUCAUCUGCAAGUGUAUAAAGAAGAAGAAAGAAACAAGAGAGCUAAAGAUGACAGCAAUGAGCCACAUUUCCAACCUAUUCGAGUACAUGUUGAAUACCACCAAGUCAAUGAACUUGAUAGUACCAUGAAGGCUGGACUGAAGAACAUUGUUGCCAAGGCUGUAGCCAAAAUGGAUAAAAUUUUAUCAGUUAUUCCCAUACAAGGAUCGUUAUUGCUUAAACGAGUUGAGGCUUGCCCUGUGGUAAUCAGAUCAGGAAUAAACAAAGGGAAAUGUGCAAGAAUGAAAAAAGGCUAUAGAGGAGAGUCAUGUCUAGAAAUAUUGCAGAUUCCUGAUGAUCAUCUUGAAGGUCUGAGCUUAUAUAAUGCAACCUACAAUAAGCCUCUAGAAGAAGUAUUUCUCUUUGGCACUGGUGUUAAUAACACUGAUCUUAUCCUUUAUGUGACUGCUUUGACAACAAAACUAUGCCUUGCAUAUAAUGAGACAGUGACAGCAUAUGCAUCACAUUGCCAAGUAGAUCAUUCUGGUCGGCCUGUAGCAGGUCUGAUUAACUUUUGCCCCUUUGCUUUGAAAAAAUUUUGGACUAGAGAACAUUUCCUUUACCAGAUUGCCUUACAUGAGCUACUUCAUGUUUUAGGAUUCUCAAAUAAGCUAUUCAGUCAUUAUCAGCACUGCACAGGUACAGUAUGUCAAGUAUAUACUGACCCAGUUCGUUCAGUCGAUGGUGUAAUGAGGUUGGUAACCUACAACGUGGUGAACUAUACUCAGCAUCACUUUGGCUGCUUUUCAGAACCAGAAUUUGGUGCACCGCUUGAAGCUGCCUCUUAUGGAUCUUUAAAGGUAGCAUCACACUGGGACUCAAGAAGAAUGCACACUUCUCUAAUGACAGCCUUGAUUGAUCAGUCACAACUUGUUUUAGAUCCUAUAACUCUUUCGGUAUUUCAAGACACAGGAUGGUAUCAGGUUGAUUUCCAGCAUGCAGAUCGUAUGAUGUGGGGAAGAGGUGCUGGCUGUACAUUUGGAUCAGAAGAUGAGUGUCUGGAGGAUCCAGUGCAUUUUUGCUCAAACAACUCCAGUGGUUGUCAUUAUCUGCGGUAUGACAAGGCAGUGUGUGACAGCAGUAAAACAAACAACAAGUGUGGAGUUUAUACAGCUUUUUUGCAGGGAUCAUGUGUUGAAGACAUGCCAGACAAAUCCUCAGAUCUAGAAAUCUUCUCUUCUUCAAGUAGAUGUGUGUUGUCAAGCAUUUCCAAAGUGGAACAGUCUACUGAGAAAAAAGGACAAUGCUACAGGCAUCGCUGUUUAUCUGAUGGCUCUGUUGAGAUUCAGAUGAAUGCAGUGACUGGAUCAUUUGUAACUGGGGCAAUAUAAUACAGGUACCUGGAUUUUUUGGGGAGAUCCAGUGCCCUAACAAUGCAAAUACAUUCUGCAGCAGCAUUACUACUGUAGACCCUUUGACAACAACUUCACCAACAACUUAUAAAGCUCCUUCAUCAGAAAUGUCAGUGUUGACUACAAGGAUAAUAGAUGAAACUUCAAACAGUGCAGACUUCUUGCAGUCAUUACAAAUUAAUUUUGAAGUGAAUUUUAUUGUACUGUAUGUGAUGGUUCUGGCAUAUUUCUUAAAUUAAAAUCAAUGCAAAUCUUUUACAAGGUAAAAUCAUGUAAUUUCAUGAUUUGAUAAGUUCAGUUAUUUCCACUGUGCAAUGUUCUAUUGCUCAAAAUUGCCAGGGAAUGCACUCCAAACUGUAUGUAUGAUCUUUACACAAAUUAAGAACAUCCAUGUUUCUUGCAAAACACUGAUCACUUGAUUUACUCUUUCUCCACAGCUGUCAGUGUGAAAAAUGUACUCUUUCUCUCAACAGCUG